AUGCCGUUCUCCCAUCAUAGCCAUUCAGGUCAAUUUUGCCCUGGCCAUGCCAAAGACUCUUUGGAAGAAGUCAUCCAGACGGCCAUUAGCAAGAAGAUGGAAGUCUUCUGUCUAACAGAGCAUAUGCCCCGACAUAAAGAGGACUUUUACCCAGAAGAGAUCGAAGCUGGCCAAACAGAAGCCUGGCACGAAAGCAAUGAAGCUGAUUACUGGGAAGAAGCCCAGCGCCUGCGCAAGAAAUACGCUUCGCAGAUCAAAAUCAUCAUCGGAUUUGAAAUUGACUGGAUUCGGCCCGAAUCAAAAAUCCUCAUCGAUCGCUCUCUGGCGCGAUUUCCUUUUGAGUUCUUUGUGGGCUCUAUCCAUCAUAUGCACACUGUGCCAAUAGACUUUGACCGGCCUAUGUAUGAGCGUGCACGCGAGCUAGCCGGUGGUACGGACGAGCGUCUGUUCGAAGACUACUUUGAUUACCAGCUUGAUAUGCUGCAGCAUCUGAAGCCUCUCGUUGUUGGUCACUUUGACCUUAUUCGUCUCAAGAGCGAUGAUAUGGAGGCCACUUUCACUCAGUGGCCUGAUGUUUGGAGUAAGAUUUUGAGAAAUCUGGACUUCAUCACCUCUUAUGGAGGCAUGUUGGAGAUAAAUGGUGCGGCAUUGCGGAAGGGGAUGAGAGAGCCGUAUCCCAAGGCUGAGAUUUGCAAGGAGUUCUUGGCACGUGGCGGUCGAUUCUGUCUUUCAGAUGAUAGCCAUGGAGUUGAACAGGUCAGUUUGAACUUUCAUCUUGUACUGAACUUCUUGGAUACUGUUGGUAUCUCGUCUGUGCAUUAUCUCCAGCUGGCAGAGUCACUGGAGCUGUCCACAGCACCCGAUUCUCGUUUUCCGCUCACGCAAAUCGCUUCUGUUUCAACGGAAGAUUUGAAGCAGAUGGCCUUCUGGAGAGCGAAGUGA